AUGAAGGCGUCCUUACCCGACGAGGAAAACAUUGGGGACUGCGAUGGUUUACGAUCUACAACCGGAGCUCUGCUAAAAAUCUCGAAGCAUCCUUACCCACGAAUUAUCAGCCAAAUAAAACUUAUGGAGAACACUGAACCACCUGUUUCAUCAACCACUACUCGCACAUGGCAUGACUUUCUAGAACGCAUGAGACAACCUUCCGCAACAGAAUUUGUCAAAACCAUAAAAAACUUCAUAACCACAUUCUCAAAAACCAUUCCAAAUCCCGAAAAAGACAGUGAAUCCAUACAAGAAUUCUUCGCCACCAUGGACGCCGCUUUCCGGGCCCACCCUCUAUGGGCGGGUCGCACAGAAGACGAAUUAGAAAACACAAGUGAAGGCCUCGAAAAAUACAUAAUGACAAAACUAUUCCCUCGCGUAUUCGCUUCACACCCAGAAGAUAUCAAAAUAGACAACGAUCUUUUCACCAAAUCGCUUUUAAUCCAACACUUCAUCGAACCCCACCACUUAGACAUUCAACAAAAGUAUCAAAACGAAACUUCAUGGUUAAUCGCAAAGAAAGAGCUUCAAAAAAUUAAUAGUUACAAAGCACCACGUGAUAAACUUUCAUGUAUUCUUAGUUGUUGUAAGGUCAUAAGUACAUCGCUAUUUAACGCAUCCGAAAAUCCACCUGGCGCUGAUGAUUUUCUUCCUGUUUUAAUUUACGUUACAAUUAAAGCAAAUGUGGCGCAAUUGCACUCAAAUUUGGUUUAUAUUCAACGGUUUAGGAAUCGGUUAAGGUUAGGUGGAGAAGCGGAGUAUCUUUUCACGAAUAUGUUAUCUGUAGAAUCGUUUAUUUUGAACAUAGAUGCUAAGGCGUUGUCUAUGGAUGAAAUUGAGUUUGAGAAUAAUAUGGAAUCUGCGAGAGUAAUUGUUUCGGGGGAGUAUAAUGGUGAGAAUGUGGAAACUAGAAGGGUUGAAAGUGAAAAUGAUAUGGAGGCGAAGUUGAAAGAGGUUCCUUCGGUUUCGGAUUUGGAAAAUAAAGGUGGGACAAUGAUUGUUAUGGAGGAAAAAGUGAGUGAAAAGUUUUGGAAUUUUCCGUUUUUGUAUUCGAAGGUUGAUGAUUUGAGUGUUGGUGAUGUGGAUGAGUUGUUGAAUGGUUAUAAGCAGCUUGUGUUUAAGUAUGUUUGUCUUGCUAAAGGAUUGGGUGUUCCUGUUCUGCCGCCUCCGGAGACCGGAGAUGGUGGCGGGGAGGCGGUGGGUGGUGUUUCGGUUGGCGGCAACGGAAAGUGAACAGGUGGAGGAUGGUAGAGUAGAAGGAGGUGGGGAUGAUGGUGUUGGGGAUUCUACAACUAAAACUCUGGUGGCUGGAGAAGUUGUUUCUCAGUUAGAUGUAAAUGUUGAAAAAUAAAUUAUGUAUCUUUUUGUUUUUGUGGAUUAGAUUUAGAUCUUUUGUUUAUUUGUUUAUUUGAUCGAUGCAUCUUUUGAUUAUAUUCACAUUGUUAAAUUGAGAAACUUGUGAAAAAUAGUAAUGUAGUUUACUUUUAUACCAAUAUGGAC